AUGCUAAGUAUAAAUAACAAGAUUUCAUGUAGUAAGAUAGCGAGUUCUGAGACGUUAGUGAUAGAAACACAGAAAACCCUGAUAAAACUGCGUAUUCAAUCAAAAAUGAAGAUUCCCUCAGUUGUUGCCUUCACCGUGGUUUUGUUCAAUUGCAUCUCACAUUCAAAUGCAGUAGAGAUGCAACACAGGAGUUUUUCCAGUUUGGAUAAGAAGGCCGUUUUUAAAGUUGAUGGAGGUUACUCUCCAUGGAGUACAUGGAGUAAGUGUAGCAGGUCAUGUGGAUUUGGAUAUCAGUGGCGCUCUCGAACAUGUACCAAUCCCGCGCCAAAAUAUGGAGGACGAACAUGCUAUCAACAGCAGAGACUGGGACGAGCUACAGAAUGGAGAAGGUGCAACACAAAUGUUAAUUGUCCAGUUGAUGGAGGUUACUCUUCAUGGGGUACAUGGAGUACGUGUAGCAGGUCAUGUGGAAUAGGAAUCCAGUUGCGUUCUCGAACAUGUACCAAUCCCGCGCCAAAAUAUGGAGGACGAACAUGUUAUCGACUGGGACGAGCUACAGAAUGGAGGAGGUGCAACGCAAUUUUUAAUUGUCCCGUUGAUGGAGGUUACUCUCCAUGGGGUACAUGGAGUAAGUGUAGCAGGUCAUGUGGAUUUGGUAAUCAGUUGCGCUCUCGAACAUGUACCAAUCCCGCGCCAAAAUAUCGAGGACGAACAUGCUAUCAACAGCGGAGACUGGGACGAGCUACAGAAUGGAGAAGGUGCAACACAAAUGUUAAUUGUCCAGUUGAUGGAGGUUACUCUUCAUGGGGUACAUGGAGUACGUGUAACAAGUCAUGUGGAUUUGGAUAUCAGUGGCGCUCUCGAACAUGUACCAAUCCCGCGCCAAAACAUGGAGGACGAACAUGCUAUCAACAGCGGAGACUGGGACAAGCUAGAGAAAGCAGGAGGUGCAACACCAAUGUUAACUGUCCAGUUGAUGGAGGUUACUCUUCAUGGGGUACAUGGAGUAUGUGUAGUAGGUCAUGUGGAAUAGGAUAUCAGUUGCGCUCUCGAACAUGUACCAAUCCCGCGCCAAAAUAUGGAGGACGAACAUGUUAUCGACUGGGACGAGCUACAGAAUGGAGGAGGUGCAACGCAAUUUUUAAUUGUCCGGUUGAUGGAGGUUACUCUUCAUGGGGUACAUGGAGUAUGUGUAGCAGGUCAUGUGGGGGAGGAUAUCAGUCGCGCUCUCGUACAUGUACCAAUCCUGCGCCAAAAUAUGGAGGACGAACAUGCUAUCAACAGCGGAGACUGGGACGAGCUACAGAAUGGAGAAGGUGCAACACAAAUGUUAACUGUCCUGUAGAAGGAGGUUACUCUUCAUGGGGUACAUGGAGUAUGUGUAGUAGGUCAUGUGGAAUAGGAUAUCAGUUGCGCUCUCGAACAUGUACCAAUCCCGCGCCAAAAUAUGGAGGACGAACAUGCUAUCAACAGCGGAGACUGGGACAAGCUAGAGAAAACAGGAGGUGCAACACAAAUGUUAAUUGUCCAGGUAACAAAAUAACUAUUUCUAUUUUUCACGGGGUCUUGAGUGAGAGGCUGGAGUCUGAAACUUGCACAUUACUCAGACGUUCGCCUUAA